UGUGGAUGACAGGUUGGCAUCUCAAUCGGACACGUCGUUUCUGAGUAGAUGAAGAAAUGAAGUGAACUAACGCUUUUGGAACUCGUUCGUUUUGGUCAUGCGUUUUCGCUUUUCCACCCAUCUUAAAACUGCUUGACUUUUUGAUACAACAGCAUUCUAUCAACGCAUUCUCAACAAGCCCCACUUAGAUUUCCCCGUUAACCUUAAACGCAGCAACCUUAAACUCAGCAUGACAGAAAUUGAGUCCAACGACAAAACAACAAACUUCCCGUCAGUUAAUGAAGAGGGAGCACCCAAUUUGGCUGAAAGAGCAAAACAAGAAACUAUGCGUCCUAACAAGCAUUCAAGCCAUCAUCAUAACAGGGAAUCUCAUGGACUGAAUAGUGAUAUUGAUGAGAACACCUCAGUGGAUGAUGUUAGGGCACCAAAUGUAUUUGAGCGAGCAAAGGAGGAGCUUCAAGCUCUUGCUGAGGUGUUCCAUCACAAGAAAAGGGCUCCUACUUCUGAUAUAAGGGAUGAAGAUCAAAUCGCCGAGUCAUCAGAACAUAGACAAGUAUCCCCAAGCUCUCCAUCAGAAACAAAAGCAAAGGAAGCGAACAUAUUUGUGAAAGCUAAGGAAGAGAUUAAAGCCAUCAUACACCGUGAUAAGUCAGAACACCAUCAUCAUAAAGAAACUCAUGGAAGGAAUGAUGAUAUUAAUGACAAUACCCCUACCGAUGAAGUUAAGGGUCCGAAUGUCUUUGAAAGAGUAAAAGAAGAAUUUGAAGCUGUUUUCCAAGCUAUACAUCCCAAGAAGGAAAGCUGACAAUUUUCCUUCCUUACCAUAGAAGGAUGAGGAAUCCUGUUUGAUUAGGGAUGUUAUGUGCAUGAUAGUGCAUGUUUGAAAAUCAGGUGGAAAAGUUCGAAGUACUUUUGCAAAAAGAUUAGGACCCUUAAUUUUGCUUUUAUUCGUCGGAUCUGCAUUAGAAUGAGUGUCAUAACAAUUUCAACUGCAAACCAAACGUGCUCAUAAACCGUAUAAACAUGUUUAUAUAUAUAUAUUUUGGAAUUUUGCUAUCCUAAAGUGGGCCCUCCUUUUAGAGAGAGAAGUAAAAGCUUGUGUGUGUGUGUGUGUAGGGUGCCUCACCAACUUAAGAUUGGAGCUCCUUCAAUCAAUCUUGGUGGUGUGUUUGAUGAUAAUAGAAACAAGUUAACUACA